AUGACAUCUGCUCCCAAGCCUUUUGUAUAUACUCCCCUUGGUCCAGGCGAAAUUCGAGUCUUGGAGCAUCAUGUGGAAGACGGCAGCAGCGAGCCAACUUGGAUUCUUAGGGUCAUUAACAUUGGAGAUGCGGGACAAGGGGUCCAAAAUGUCAAGUUUGAUGCUCUAUCAUAUACAUGGGGCGACCCUAAGGCGACCUUCCCGCUGAUUUUGAACGGGCGGAAAAUUCAGAUCCAUAGAAACCUGCAUGAAGCCUUGCCCUACCUGAGCAGGCUUCCAUCGCGUUGCCCUAUUUGGGUUGACGCUGUGUGCAUCAACCAGAAAGACAAAGCAGAGAAGAAGGUUCAAAUCCCCAGGAUGAAGGAAAUCUACCGCCGUGCUAUUCAAGUCUGGGUCUGGUUAGGACCGGGCAUUGACCAUACAGCUGAGGCGAUCAAGCUUUUGCCUCGCAUAUCGCACACCGGUGAGGGAGACCCGCCAGCAGAGAUGCCGGAUGAGCUCCCGGAGCUAGACUCGCCGAUAUGGACCAGCAUCUUCAACAUUGUCGAUAAUAGCUGGUUUGGGCGCGUAUGGAUCGUGCAGGAGUCCGCGUUGGCCCGGGAUCUUCGAUUCCUCAUGGGAAGGCAUGAGAUUAAUGCUGAAAUGCUCAAAACUGCCGUAUCAACAUCUAGCCGGUUGGCCGAACACUUCUUGAAUGCGUCGAUGCGGGACGAAGCCAAGAGGCUCAUAGAUACUCAGCGAGCAAUGUCCAUAUUUGGAAUACGCGACUUAGUUCAAAGGUCCUUCGCCCUGGACCCCAACCAGCCAAGAGCGCCUCGCGAACUCGUAUGGAUCAUUUACCAAAUGACCAUAAACUCGGACUGUUCCGAACCUCGCGACCGGGUGAACGGGACCUUAGGCCUUCUGCCCGACGAUCAGCGUAGGAUUUUAGGGGAUUUUAGCGAUACAGCCAGCUUGGCAGAAUUGUACGCAAGUUUUGGCCAACGAGUUUUGACCCAGCCGAACCCACCGGCACCCAUGUGGUUUGCAUUCUUGCAUAGAGGCACCAUUUCAGGAAAGAGGAGUAACCUCCCCAGCUGGUGCCCAGACUUCCAUCAGUCUUCAGAGUCUCUCGCAUGGUACGAGGAUGGCAUCACGUUAGGCUUGGACACGAGAAGGAACUUCCAUGCGAGCCGGAAGGAUAUCACUGCACGGCCCGGAGAGGGCACACAAGAGCUUGUUUCUCUAGGGUGCCUCGUGGACGACAUUUCCCAGAUCCACGAACGGAUUCCGAUCCCCUUAGACUUUCUCAGGCGCGAAAAUACUACGACAGAUUACCUUGAAGCUUAUCUAUACCUAAGGGAAUUCGAACGGAGUAUUGCGAGGAACUCGCUUUCUCAAAGGGCUUUUGAAGUGACAGAGUCCCUAGAGCCCUUUGCCGGGGUCGAAAAGGAUAUCAGAGACGAAAUAGACCGCCUCUGGAAAACGCUAUUUAGCGGCUUUGAGACAUUUCAGGGUCGCCAGGUUACAAUUGAAUAUUACUAUGCUUUACGACGCGGACUUGACGAGCUUGCAGCGUCCGUGGAGAGGUCUGGCUGGCGAGACAAUGAGGUUUUUAGGGCUUUGACUAUGAAUGACCCGUUUCAGAAGGCAUUCUUCUGUGCCAUGUAUAGUAUUCUCCAUCGGAAAGUAUUUGUCACAACAGGGGGGCGGCUUGGCCUGGGUGGGGGCUCAAUGCAUACUGGGGACAAGAUAAUCCUCUUGAACGGAGGCCAAAUGCCUCAUGUGGCUGGGAGGAAAAUUUUCACUGGUAUGCGAGGCGUAUCUAUCCGGCGCAAUGCAUGGGGAGCUUGA